AAACCAGAUCCAUCAUCCAUGUUUUACGAAAUUCAACUAAAGAACAUAGUGAAGUGCACGAUAAUGAAAUAUCAACCGUAUUUCAGUAUUUAAUUUAUACAUUUAUAAAUUCCUCUUUAUACAAAAAAUUUAGAAAAAAAGUGUUUUCUUUUUUGUUUAUAUGGUUUCAGGCCAUUGGAUCUAUGGAGGUUCAUUGAAGGUCGUUGGAUUAAGAGAGAUACUAAAACCCAAAACCCUCAGCCCUCUUCAUUCUGCCACUUUGACAACGCUGGUUUAUUAUUGUGGUGAACAUCCCCGCCGUCGUCGCUGGCCACCACUCGUUACUCCGACCACCGCUGACAGAGGUUGGUUGUUGCUUUUUAUCCUUGUAAAGUUUGCAGGUUUGGAUAGCAUAGAAGGCCAAAAAUGGCAACUCAGCAAGAAGGAGAAGCAUCUCAGCAAACCACAAGUACUCCGGCUACUAGUCUAACGGAACUGGUGCAGGAAAGAUAUCAGAAAAUGAAGGAGCAUGCUGAAACUUAUCCUUAUGUUUGGGCGUCGUACACACUUGUUUAUGGUGGUUUGGCACUUUGGACUGCUUACAGAUGGAGAAAGCUUCGCAAGACUGAGGACAGAGUUCGAGUCCUUCAAGCGAGACUCCGCAAACUUGUUGAAAAUGAGGAAGCUGCAAACUCUGCUAAAUCCGUUUCGAAGGCUCCGACAUCUGCUGAUAAAACUCCUAGGUAGUUUUAUGCUAAGUUCAAGUUUCUUUUAUGCAGGAAAAAGAAAUUAUUCUGAUUUGGACUGCAUGACCGACGAUUUUGUCAAAUUACCGAGUAAUGAAGAUAGUGUAAAAUACCUUUACAUUAUUAUUAUAUUUUAUCACAUUUAUAUUA